AUGAGCGAAGCCACUAACAACCCAACGGCUGCAACUGACACUAAUUUCAACAAUCCCUCACAGGGGAAAAAUCCCGAUGCAUUGUUAUCAAAAAAUCACAGCCCCGGAACUGACACUGAUUCCAAAGAUGGUGCUAAGAAAAGAAUCAAAAUAGCCUGUGAUAUAUGUCGGCGAAAGAAGAUCAAGUGUGAUGGAUCGUAUCCAUGUGAGAACUGUACACAGUCUAGAAAGCCAAAAGUUUGUCUGUACUCGGAGCGACUGACGAAGAGGCAAUCAAAGGUGCAGAAAACGAGUCACAAGAAUCGCGGUAAAUCCAACCCAAGGGAAGAAACUGUACUACCGAAGCAAGGCAGUAGUAUACACUUCACAAGCUCGAUGGAUUCUCGUAUGGCAAAGCUUGAAAAUGUUAUUGAAAGGUUGACUGAGACCGUCGAAUUACUUGCAAAUCGGGCAGGUGUAACCAAAACUAACAAACUCCACUCCGAAAGAGGAUUUGCCAUGGAUUUAGACUCGCGAGACGCGUCUUCAGCAGCAUCGGAGCGUGGUAAUGAAGGGCACAAGAGAGUGUUUGGUUAUUCGAGGGAAAGUGCGGCUGACCCCAGUGGUGAUAGUGGCUCUAGUCUAACAAGAAUAGCAGGAAAUUCACUGUAUAUAGGCGCCCAGUCAAUAUUUUCAAUAUUCUCCAGGGAAUCAUUGGACUGGAUGGAACAAAAGUUGGGUCCACGAGGUACCGAAAGCAUCGCACCAUUGAAAAACACUUUGCUCGUGUGUCAUAAUAAAUUGAAUAUGUUUUUGAACAAAUGGAUUGAACCACCUCUGAUUGAUGCACAUAUAAAGCAAAAGUUGAUGACGCGGCCAUUUCCAUCAGAUUCUGAAUUGGUGAUGGAGUUGGUAGAUGGAUACGGGUCGAUACCUAUGAUUAGCUUUCUUGUUGAGGUAGAAAGGGUACGAAAAAUGUUUGUAUCAUAUUAUGAUGGAUUAAAGGAUUCGUCAAAGCGAAGAAAUUUCACCACGUCAGAAUUUUUGAUCAUGACUUCUGCUUUAAUGAUGGGAUUGGAUGUAAUGAUGGAUAAAAAAAGACAUAAAAAAGACACCAAGCUAUACCAUUUGCAGGAUAAGCUAAUGGAGAAUGCUAUAUACUACUACCACAAACUAUGUCUUGUUAGUGAAGGUUUAGAAACUAUUGAAGGUAUAUUGUUAUUGAUUUCCUAUUGCGACUCAAAUUGGAUCACAAGCCAUAUCAACUACAUACCUAAGGCAGUUGUAGUGAGAUACGCACAAGAGAUUGGAUUGCAUAGAAUUGAAUACUUUAACAAAUUAAGCGACAAAGAGCAAGAUAGAAGACGGACGAUAUGGUGGUUUUGUUAUUAUUAUGACACUGACUUGUGCUUCAGAUUUGGUAAGCCACCUUCAAUCAACAUUGAAGAUGUCACUACGUGUACUGAUGCAGAUGUGUUGACAGCAUGCAUUCAAGGCUCAACUUCUUACUUGGACUCCAACUUUGAUGGAGAUGAGAUGGAUCGUCAAAUGUCAAUCGCAGUGGCUGAUGAGGCUUUGCUUGGAGAUCCAACACAACCGCUAAGUUUCCGUUUGUUGCAAAAGUUGAAGUCGUUUAGAGAUACAACAUUUUAUUAUCAUUUCUAUGGUAUGCUCAUGGCAAAAAUCAAGUCAGAAUCUUACCACUUACUAUUCUCAGCUUCAGCAAGGUUGCGUGAUUUUGACACAUUAUCGAAUGCUUUGGAGCACUUGAAUCUGGAAAUGUCCGAGUUGGCAAAGUAUGUCUCAGAAGAUGAUAGACCUCGUUUUUUUAAUGAUCCAUUGUUUCACUUUAUCGAUCGUAAGAUUCCUGAAGCUGAACGUGGAGUGAUCCUUGGAGGACAAUUGGCUUUUUUUGCCCAUUUGAUGGUGAUUAAUCGAUUCCCAUUUGUUGUGCAAACUGACAAGGUUGACGCCGGAAGUCAAAUUUUGAAAUUCCGUAAUUUGUCAUUAGAUGCCGCUAGAACUAUAUUGGUAUUGAUGAAGCAAGUUGAUAAAAACACUGUUGAAUCCACAUUUAUCAAUUGGGUGAUAUAUUACCCUAUAAUUGCAUUUUUGACCCUAAGUGGAUCUGUAUUGAAUCAUCCAAAUUCACCAGAAGUCACCGAUGAUAUCAAAUUAUUGACUGAAGCAUCGAUGGGGUUCUUUGAUUUUGUUGGCGACUUUGCCAAACCUGAUAAACAUUUACGUACACGAGGAGGUGUAUCAAUUGAGUUGAUUAUACGAUUAAUGUUGAAAGUUGUUAUAACAGCUUAUGAAAAUGAAACAGGAGUAUCAGUUGUACAAAAUGAUGAAGCAUUAAGAACUCAUUUGAAUAGUGUUCAAGUGAAAUUCCCUGAAUUGUAUCAAGAAACUACCGAAUUUUCAAACAAGUUCCCCGCGUUUUUUGGCCAAUCAUUUUUUGAGACUAGUGAUGAAUGGAGUCUGGAAGCAUCUUCUUCAAUUUGUUCCAUGGGGAAUAACCUAAGCCCAUAUGCUUCAUCGCCAAGAUACAACCCUGCUGUAUCUAAUAUCAUGCAUCCAGAUCAAGGUAACAAUACUAACCACAACGCAACUAACCCCAGUGGACGAUAUCCACCACAACAUCAUCAUCAAUCUUAUCCUUCACCACUGUCACAUCAUCAUCAAUUACCUGGAAUAAUAUCAACUCCAAUGAAUUCAAUUCCAUCAUUUGUUCAUCCAGUGGAUCAAGUACACCAUCAACCAAAUGGGUCUAAUUUGAGAUCAACUCAAACUUCAAUGUCGAAUGCGCAAGGAAAUGCAGCUUCCGUGAUAGAUGGUUAUGGUGGUGUGCCAGAUCAGUCGAGUGUUGAUGGGGUUCUGAAUAUAUUUUUGAGUCAGAUGAACAGUAUGCCUAAUUUCUUUUUUGAUAAUAACUUGGGCAUAUAA